AUGUCUUGGCUCCGCAAAGAAAGGGGGCCUUCCCUUGAAGCCAAGACGUCACUAUUGAAUUUCCAAUUCUUCAACUUCGCCUCUCUUGGCUGUGGAAUUUCGGUCGCACCUGGCGGUGAUCGGUCUGGGACCAGCCAUUCCUCCUCCGCCAUGGCGAAUAUUGGCAAGUAUGCACGACAGCUUUCGCCAGGUCAGCGAGAUCAAUGGCCGAAUUGCGCAAUUCUUUCCGAGAGGAAGGCAGGCGGACCCUACGCGACCCCGUUGCCAGCCGACAGCCAAAGAGAGCCCCCAGAGAGAACCUCGGAAGAUCCGCAGCCAGGAGGGGCCAAGACCUCUGGGCGUGCGAGGGCUGUGGAUUUUCACAGGCUGCGCUGCCUGGCAACCCACCACUUUACCUGUAGCGGGUUCUACAUUUCCAAUUUGUGCUGUCCGGAAAACCUCUGGGUCUCCCCUACCUCCAGGGCGUCUGGGAGGGUGCUGGCGGGGAGUGCGGCCCUCGCACAGCCUCCAGUCCCCGUUAUCGACCGCUUGCUCCGAUCAUCCCGAUUGCGUCCGUUGACGGCUCCGAUUUGUUUUCUCCUUGCUCGUAGGGCGGCGUAA